AUGAUUCCCUGGCUUACAAGGAACUUCAUGAAAAAAGGAAUAUUUACAGAUUUUGUCUGCGGUUCGCCGUUGAACGAACGGCACAACCGUCGAAGUUUCUUGAAGCAAACUGUGUGGUCGUUUAAUUAUAGAACUGGAGAAUGCGAAAAGCGCGAGCACCCCGCAGGAGAUGAGCAGUGGAACACAUUUGCAAGCCAAGAACAAUGUGUUGACUUUUGUGCACUUGCCCGAAUGAGCUCGAACAGCAUUACAAUCCCGUCACCGGUCCAACCACAAUUAUGUGAUGCAAAAGCCAAAACUGGCUGUCCACUCGGCUUUGAAUGUGUGAAGACUUCUCCCUUCGCGGCGAUAUGCUGCCGCACAACUCCCGUAUGUCCUGCAGCUGAGUCCAUUGCUCUAGUAGAGGCGAGUUUCCUCAUUUGUUUCGCUGAACAAAGCUGGUCACGAAAGCUUAUUGUGUUCAGAUGUGUUAUAUGGAUUUUGUUGUAA